AUGAAGCGACGGGUCACCUAUAUCCAGCGCCCCGACGCACCAUUCGCACCGGACCAGGUUACCCUGUCCUCGAAAACUGUCACGAUCCGCGGUCUGGAUGCCGCCCGCGAAGACCGCAUUACUUUCGAUCUGAAUGACCUCCCUGAAGAGCUGCGCGCUGUCUGCCACAGAUCCCAAGAGCUACACCUCCGUUGGGCUACUGAGCGGUCCUUCGAUGCGGUCGAGCCCUUUGCCAGCAGAGUCCCGCCUGGCCUGCAUGUGCACUAUACUCCCCUAGCUACAGAUCAGUCGUCGGUCGCGCUAUGCUCGGUGCUCCGUACUGUGUUUGGAGUAAAUGAAGGCGAUCAAUAUGGAGUGGAUUGUACAUCCCCAGAGGACUCUUUCAUUGCCCCGCCUCUCCGAGCCACUGAGUUUGGUACCGCGACCUCUCUCCAAUACCAUACAAAGCUGCCAUCAUUGAAGUCGCUGGUCAAAUUCCUCAAGGAUACUACCUGUGCUGGCGCGGUGGAAUGCUUGUACCGCGUCGAUUCGCUGCUGGCGGCCGAUUUGGUCGACCUGGACUUUGAUACCGCCUCGAACACAUUGAUUCUCUCAGGGGUCUGGAAUAGUGCUCCAAAUGGAGGCUGGGUAGAAGAUAUACACCAGCCUAGUUCAGAUGCAGACCAAGUUGAAUUUGGUCUGUUGGGGGCAGAGAAGGGAAUUGAUGCGGAUGAAAUCAAGAUGGGAGGACUGUUGGCAGUUGUGGGAGAAGACAAGACAUUGAAAACAGUACAGCUGACUUUCGACGAAGAACCUACAAUGUUUUCGUUCCCUUCAAGGCAUCACGCUCUCCCAAAAUCUGCUAGCUACGCAGUCUCAUUCGCAGAGCCGACUGGUCUCCAUCCGACAAUGUCCAUUUCCAUCCCGCGCUCCUCGUUAGGCCUGCCACCGGCUCCCGACGACACAACAUGUGCCUUGUACACGUACCUGGCCCUUCCGUCUUCUGUAUUUGGAGACCAAUAUCAACUUGGAACGACUGACUCACUCUUCCUCCAAUCUCACAACUUGGCGGGCCUUCGCACGCAUGCGGGUGAAACAGAUUUGGAGGCUCCAGAUUGGGUGAUCAAAGGCUGGGGCUCAACCUGGCUGUUUGAAUUGGCUACUCCCAUCGAUCAGGAUCCUAAUGAUGCCACACAAUCACCCAAUUGGACAGCUACCAUCCCCCUUCAUCUUCGAUACCUCCCUCCCUCUGAAUCGGGGUAUCAAACUGCACAUGUGCCUUGGCCAGUCGUAUUCUGGGCUUGCAGUGCAGAAGAUGAAGAGGCUACCAUGGGUAUCAAUCCAUUUGAUCGCAAGCAUCUUGGCUAUGAUAGCCUCUUUGCUCCUCGUACACUCUUCUACCAGUUCCACCCCCAGUCCAAUCGCCUCACAGAGGAGUUGGAUGUCCCGGUUCUUCGCCUCAAAGAAGGAACGGGUCUUUUCCAGUCUCGCAACAUCGAGCUGACGACAUGUGUGGUCAUUUCACUCGGUUUCUUGUGGGUUGUCUGGCGACUGGUACGAGUGGCUUGGUCAUCUGGCCUUAGUUCCAAUGGUGGGCUGGAACAACCUGAUGAUGAACACGAUAAGAAGGAAUAG